AUGGCCCUGACAAACAAUCGAUCUACAACUGCAGUGCAGCCACUCCCACCCGAUGCCCCUCGCUGCAUUCCCGAGCCGAAAUCAAAACUUGCCAAUGAACUUGAAAAUGACAACCAACCCCUCAUGAAGCGAGCAAAAGGACUCGGAUUCAUUGUCUUUGCCGGAUUAAACUUCAGCAUUGCGUCGAUCUGCAUUAAGUACGCUAGCCACCGAGCGACAUCGCACGAAACAGUCUUUUGGCGAAUGAUCAUAGCGCUCGUGCUCAAUUAUGUAUGGGCUCGAUACAAGAAACGGAAGCUGGUUGUGGAGCCCAAGUAUCGCGGCCUUCUGUUGUUCCGAUGUAUUGUGGGGACAAUAGGCGUUAACAUCCAGUUCUAUGCAAUGUCGAAGAUGGUGCUGACUGACGCAACUGUGAUCAUCUUGACCAGUCCGAUCUUUACUUUCUUUUUGGGUGCUGCUUUUCUAGGGGAAAAGAUCAACCAGAUCGAUCUUCUAGCAGGAAUCACGUCUUUUCUUGGCGUCAUGUUCGUGACAAGACCUGCAUUCCUGUUUCCAGCCAAUAAUGUCACUAAGGAAGCACCACCGCUCGCGGUAUAUUGCGCUAUUGGCGGUUCGAUGACAUCGGCAGUGGUCUACAUCUUACUUCGACGACUGAGCAAGGUCGACCAUCUCGUCGCUAUCCACUACUUCUUCGUAUUCGGAACAAUUACCUCGAUCAUGACGCUGUUGAUUCUGGGAGUAAAAAUGACGGUUCCUCUAGAGUCGACAUUUCUGUUCGCACUCUUCGGCAGCGGAUUCUUUUCUUUUAUCGGCCAGGUAUUCAUGACCAAGGGAUUUCAGCUCGAACAAGCAGGAAUCGCAUCGGUGAUGCGCUACUUCGACGUGGUCUUCGUCGUUGCCAUGGAUGUGCUGAUUUUGGGCGAGAGCGUUAACGUUCUGAGCCUUCUUGGAGCUGGAAUUAUCAUGGCUGGCGUUUCGAUGAUUGUUCUGCGCCGAGCCCGUGAGAAGCAAUAG